AUGACCGAAGUACCUUUUCCAUCGAAUCGACAGCUUUGUUCUGAGCUUUUCAUUGAAAAAAACCCGCGACGUGUAUUGGUCAGAGGCUUGGGCAAUCUCGAUUCUUCUACCGCGACAUCUCAAGAGGCUGCGGACAGCGCCUCCCUGCCAGGCAACCCUUGGAUCAGGCUCCGAGAUCCUUAUGAUGGAAUCGCUCAAUUCUUGAAGGACGAAUUGAUGACAGAUAGCUUGGACAAGCUUGCUCCGCAUCUGUGGCUGGUUGCCACGCAGAACAGCGCUCAUAUUUCGUCGCUGAUCCAUCAACUGGUCCGAGGCAGAGAAAUAGUUGUCACAGAGGAUCCAGGUCUCCAUCUGACAUGGAUAUACGAAAGGGUUUUUAUAAAGCCGCUUCCCGAGUAUCUGCUCUCCCACGCGUUUUGGGAUUACUUCCUCGUCGACUCCAGUUCACCCAUUCCUGCUCCGGAAAGGAAAGCUAUCUUCAGAGCGGCAUGUGGCUUCUUGAGAUCCUACGCGUUUCUGAUUCAGCACAAGUCGGACUAUCUACUCGCAAUACAGGAUGACAGAUUGGGCCUAGUUCCGAAAUCCAUCUCGUUUUCCAACUUGGUCGAGUUUUUGAGAUGUUUCAAGUCUAUUCCAGAUACCGAAGUCUCUCGCCGGUAUCUAUAUGGAGAUCUCCGACUCACGCGCCUCAACUUCUGGGUGAAGAUAUUCUUAGGACGAAGAACAUAUUUCAAGCAGUAUGGGCAGUAUGGCGCCUACUUUGCCCAGUUUUAUGGCCCUCUACUGUUUGUCUUUGGAAUUAUUACUCUUACACUGAGCUCGAUGCAAGUUGUUUUAGCUGCGGAAUCAGUUACCGGAUUCGGUGAUGGAUGGAUGAGUUUUGUGUGGAUGUCACAAGGCUUUUCAAUCUUUACGCUGUGCCUGACCCUUCUGUUGUCAUUGUUUCUGGUUGCAAGCCCCAUUUUGUUCAUUUUCCGAGAGGUCAUAUAUGCUGCGAAACACCACCACCAGAAAGACAUUUUUGCAGCAGUGGAUGGCGAUCCAGUGAGCGAAUCUAGUUCAGGAGCGACUAGAGGCAAGACAGAUGCCGCGGGCGUCGUGUAG